CGACGGUAGCAUCCUCUGGUUGGAGAAUGGCCACUUCGCGGAGUCGUCUUGUGGCUGUCUUGCAGCAUCGACGCCGCGUGACGGAGGAGUCGCUUGGCGCCGAUGUCGAAGCAGACGAGGCCAACGAAGAGGAGCGCGUGGCUCUCGGUAAGCGACAACUCGAGGCCGUUGUGGCGGCGACAGCCCGGGCUCCUCAAGUGUUUGAUGCCCGCGAUGCUGAAGAGGUUGAAGAGGACAUGCGCAGAGCCACCAUGUACAAGCAGCAGCUGAAAAAGAUCAAGCCUCUCAUCCCAGGCGUAGGGCGGGGUAAGAGCGAAGCCAACCUCCUUGCUUCGCGUAAACGGACUGCCCUCGUGUUCCCCGCGGAACAAGGCGGGAUAUACGGGGCGCACACCAGCAGCCAGAUCAGGUACAAGACGGGGUUCACGAAGGAGGAGUUCGACGAUUUUUUCGCCGCUACGCACAUCGACAGAGAGGGGAAUUUGCUGCCCCGAUCUUGGUUUUUCCAGCAAGCUCGAAACAACCUCGGCAAGCACACCCCUGAGGAGAACCAGGCUCGGCGCACGAUAAGAGGUAGCAUGAGCGAUCAAGACAGAGUGCUCUGCUAUGUUGAGAUGCUGAGGAGGGACACCAGCUUUGAGGAUAUGUCGCUGAAGUACGGACGCUCCAAGGGCACCUGGUCGAACGAGUUCCAUGACAUGACCAUGGCCGCGCAGGACAUGCCUUGUUUGCAACAGGUAGAGACUGUGCGCGGGUCCCUGUCAGACCGGGGGGCGCUUCUCUCCUCUGACGUGUUCCAACACCCGGACCAGUUCCUCUCCGCUGACGAGGUCGGGAUGGGAGACGGCAACUACAGAGGAUUAGCCCGUGCGGACAGCAAUGACAUGUACAUGUGCGCGCCCCACCCCGGACCAAAUGUACCUCCCGAGGGCAGGAGGUACAACAGAGAACAGCGCCGAUUCCGAGUCGUGGUCGAGAACACCAUCGGCCAGAUCAAGAAGUUCAAGACCGUGGGGAACGGCAAGGCCUUCAGGCACCAGCGCGACUUCGAGAAGCACGUUUUCAACGUGUGCGCCAGGCUCACAGCUCGCAUCAUGAGGGUGCGAAACAAGUACCCAAGAAGCGAGGCGUGGAUCGGGGACAAGAAAGAGGAGUGGGAGGCGAAGCUCGGUAUCCACUACUACUGGGACUACGAUGAGCCGGGAUGCUACUUGAUCCACAACGAGGGCGAAAACUUGGUAUACGACAACACCAUCGAGGGAACUGCCGAGGGCCUGCAGGAGGCUUGGGACGCUAUUUGGUUGAUGGACUGAGCUUUUGUUGACCUUCAGCA